AUGCCUCCCCCAGUCCGCGCGCGUCCUAUCAAGAAAGACGACUUCGAGGCGGCGUUUAAGAAACUCAAGACAUCCGUCUACCAAGACAGCGUGCGCCCGGCCGCUGUGUCGUCGUCGCACUACAUCCGCUCGAUAUCGUGGAACGCCUCUGGAACUUUUAUCGCUACGGGAGCUGCAGACAAGACGUUGCGCAUAUGGAAUCCCGAGAAGACUAACGUUAAGAACUCGACCGAGCUCCGUACACCCAAUGCGCCUCCCUUGACCAAUCUCGAACGCGUAUCUUUCCACCCCAUCAAUGAGAAUGAGCUUGCAAGCUGCGGUACCGAUGGUAUGGUCAGAUUCUGGGACAUUCGCUCAAAGGCUAGUGUGGGAGAGGUCAAGGUCGGCGAGCAGCCCUUUACGCUUGCAUGGACACCAGAUGGCAAUGAAAUCGUCGUAGGAAGAAAGGAUAAUCUGCUCGUCAAUGUCGAUAGAGCAGCUCUUAGUAUCAUCUCCGAGCACCGCCAGCCCCUCCAGACCAACCAGUGUGUCUUUGAUUGGUCUGGUAACCACCUUUACUCGACGGCUGGUGAUGGAAGCGUUAGAUUACUACGCUACCCGUCGUUCGAAAACGCUCUCACACUAAACGCCCAUACUUCUGCAUGCUAUGCUGUCUCCAUGUCACCUAGCGGCGAAUACCUGGCAGCUGGUGGAGGAGACGCGUUGGUUUCACUUUGGGAUACACAGGAAUGGAUUUGCGUGAGAACCUUGGAGUUGACAGGAGGCCUCGUUAAGAGCGUGGACUUCUCAUUUGAUGGCAGCUACAUCACAGCUGGCUCCGACGACAAGGAAGAGAAGAAGAUUCGCAUUGCACACGUUGAGUCAGGCGAGAUUGUACACACCAUCGACGUUCCCACGCCCGCAGCGCACGUCGCAUGGCAUCCAUGCCGAUACACACUGGCUUAUUCAGCCGACAACCUGGGACUCAAGAUUUACUCUCAAAUCAGACUGGCCACCAUGGACGUCACAGCACCCAUACAACUGAACAAUCUAUUCUCUGCCAAGGGGCUGGUAGCAGUCAUUACCGGCGGCGGUACCGGUCUCGGCCUCGCCAUUGCCUCCGCACUCUAUCAAAGCGGCGCUGAGAAAAUCUAUAUCCUCGGCCGCCGACAAGACGUCCUUCGCAACGCCAUCUCCAAACUCCAGUCGGAUGUAGCAUACAAACCCCAUAGCACCUCCGUUCUCAACGACAUCGUCUGCGAUGUCACAGACCUCGAGUCCGUCAAGGCCGCCGCUGAGCAGAUCAAAAAAGAUGUAGGCUACGUCGACGUGCUAAUCAACAAUGCGGGCGUCCUUGGGCCAAGAAACGGUCAGGACAUUUACAAAGCAUCUUCCAUCCACGAACUCGCUGACGCAAUGACAUCCGACUACGCCGGCUGGACCUCCGCAAUGGCAAUCAACACACAAUCCGUCAUCGGUGUCUCCGCGACUUUCCUCCCGUUACUCGAAGCAGCAAACACACGCCGCGGAUGGGCACCAGGCAAGGUCACCGGCGCAGGGAACCCGCGUGCCCGCGACACAUCGAAGCUGGCGGCCGCCGGUAUUGACGCCGACGACGACCGCAUGGCACACAUCAUCACCGUCGCAUCCGUCGCUUCGUACAUGCGCUGGGUCUCCGCCGGUCUCGCCUACAACGCCAGUAAAUCCGCUGCCGCGCACCUGGGCAAGAUGAUGGCGACGUUCCUGGCGGAGUGGGGAGUCAGAAGCAACGUUGUCUGCCCUGGCCCUUAUCCAAGUGAUAUGACGGCAGAUAUUACGCCCGUAUAUGGGACGAGUCAGGUACCGCAGGGGCGGAUGGGCGGGCUGAAUGAUAUCAGUGGGUUAAUGCUUUUUUUGGUGGGUAAAGGAGGCGCGUAUGUGAAUGGGACUGUGCAAUUGACGGAUGGAGGGAGGGUGGGCGUGUUUCCUGCUACGUAUUAG